ACUAAUAAACGAAAAAAGAGUACCAAUCUAGAUAAUGAGGGCGAGACAUUAGGAACACAAGAAGAAACAAGUAAUAAGGAGAGGAGGAUGGAGGAAAAUGUCAAUGUGACGUCAGGAACACAAGGAACAAGUAAUGAGAAGAUGAAAGAAAAUGUCAAUGUGAUUAACAUACAAGAAAAGAGUGAUAGUCUAAACGAUGAGGGCGUAUUGUAUGAAGGCACAUUAGACGAUGAAUAUGCUGAAAUAUUACCACGCGCAAAAACAACCGACAAAAAGACUUGGCAUUAA